CAAAACUCUUCCCACCAUGGAACAACAUCCUCGUCCAAUGUCGCUUGUGUUACCACAUCCGGAGAAACUUUCCGGUGCAUCGUUAAGCCUUCUCGAUGGUAACUUUGAAGACCUACGAGAUCUCCUCUUACACGCUUCUCAACUAAAGUCUCAUCUAAAACAAGACACUUCUAAUCUAAACGACCGCCUUCUCCAUCUCCGUAUGGAUCUAACGAAACACGCUGUCUCUUGGAUCUCCACCUCUCUCUCCGCUAAAAACUCACUCGAUAAUCUGAGAUUAAGCCUCGAAAGCCUCUGUCUCGUUACUUCUCUCCCUCGGAGUAGGGAUGCAGUUAGAAAGCAAAGGGAUCGGGAGUUAGAGCAACUUGUUGAGGAGUUGUGUCAGAUUCAGAACAGGCGCAAUUAUCUCAUGACUGUGUUAAAGUUGGAAAGUCUUGUUGGAGAUCUUGAAGAUUCAGUGUUUCAUCCUAUGAGAGGAAGAAGUAUGCUUCAAGAGAGACUCAACCAUACCAUUAAGACCAUGAAUGAGAUUGAACAAGUGCUUGGUGAUGUUACAAGGCAUCACUCACAAUGGCAACGCCUUGUAGAUACCGUUGAUAGUAGAGUAGAUAAAAGCUUAUCAAUUCUAAGGCCACAGAUUAUCGCAGACCACCGAGCUUUUCUUUCAUCUCUUGGCUGGCCACCAAAACUGGCAUUAUCCAAAGGUGAGGGAGGAGAAGCUGCUAGUAAUAGUAUCCCUAAUCCUCUAGUACUGAUGCAAGGAGAUCAAAAGGAAUCUUAUUCCCAAAGCUUUCUUCUCCUCUGUGGUUUACAGCAACUUAACACGUUAAAGGAAAAACGGAAGAAGCUUUAUAAAGAAAGUAGUGGUGUUGGUCUUUGGGCAAUCGAUGAACUGGUGAUACCCGUUGCGUCUCGGAUGGAGUAUCACUUCAUGAAAUGGGAUGAAGAGCCUGAGUUUAUCUUUGCACUUGUUUAUAAAGUUACAAGCGAGUUUGCUGAUGGGGUUGAUGAUUUCUUACAGCCUUUGAUUGACAGAGCUAUGUUAGUUAGCUGUAGUGCUAAAGAGGCUUGGGUUUCAGCUAUGGUCCAGAUGCUAUCCUGUUUUUUAGAGAAAAAAAUCUUUCCUAGGCUUAUAGAGAUGGUCAAGGAAAAAGACAUGAAAUCUGAAGGUACUUCGUCUUGGUUCCAUCUUGUUGAUCAGAUGGUUACAUUUGAUAAACGGAUGCAAACAUUUGUGAAUUCAGACACUUGUCUUUCUUACGAAGGCUCCUCCUCGGUAGCGUUUUCUCAAGGUAUGUCGGUAAUGGGACUGUUUUGUAAGAGACCUGAAUGGCUCAAGACGUGGGGGAAGAUUGAGCUGAAGGAUGCUUAUAGAAAACUUAAAGAGGAUAUCAAGAAGGAGAAAGCUUGGGUGGUUGGUAGUGAGGGAACUAGACUUGGUAAUGAAUCAAACUCGCAGUCUGCAAAGUAUGUUCUGUCUACAAGAGAAGAUUAUAAAGCGCCGUUAGUAGCAGACUCUUUUAUUAGUAGGACUUGGACGUUGAUAGACCAUGGUUUAUCUAUACCAACCAUUCUACCAAGGAUCCAGUUUGUAAGAGCUACUGCCACUAAAUUGCUCUGGUAUAUAUUCAAAAUUAUGUUACUGGAGUUCAAGAAGACUGAUCUCUCUGACUAUAGUUCGUUUGAAGAGUCACUGGUACAAGCCUGUGGAUUGAUGAAUACUGCUCGGUAUCUCGAAUCGAAACUAAGAGAAUGGAGUGAUGAUUUGGUUUUUGUAGAGAUGUGGGCUGCUGAAACCAAUGUCAAAGUUGGUAGAGAAACUGAAGUUUCCUCCUGUCAAGGUUGCUUCUUUGGUGAAGAACUGAAAAGUCUUGUUGAGUUGGAAACAAACUGGCUUAUGGAGAUUAUAACUGUUUGUCUUCACCAAUUCGACAGUCUUUGUGAUGACCACUUCAACAACAAUGUGGAGCCAUGGGAGGAGGAGGAGGAGGAGGAGGAGGAGGAGGUCAUUACAGUGUCCCGAGGUGUGGGAGAAGCUUUGGACAGUUUAAGACGAGAACUCUCUGUUCUUCAGUUAAACAUGAACAGAAAAGACUUCUUGGACUUGUGGAGGAAUCUAGCGGAAGGGCUUGACCAUUAUGUUUCUUGUAAGUUUUUUGCAGGGAAAGUUGUUUUACUGAGAAGAAGGUUUGAGGUGGAUGCAGAGGCACUUAUGAUGGUGUUUCAACCUUACUGUGUUCGUCCUGGUGCUUUCUUCCCUCGCGUGAGAGAGAUUCUUAAGCUGGUGAGUAUGGAUGAGGAAGGGAAGGCACGACUUAGAGGAGCUAUAAGUCGUAAUGGAAGUAACUGUUUAAGCUUGUUUGGUAUUUCUAACUUGUCUCUCGGACAAGUAGAGCAGUUUUGUAGGUGUUACUAG